AUGAGUGUCCACAUGUCGACUGUAAUACGACCAUGGACGGCAGAGGCGAAUAUGGCAAACAUUUCCAAACGCACGAUAAACCAUUUCGUUAUUAAUGCAAACUUCCCGGUUGUGGGAGAGAAUUCCGCAAUCCAUCACCAUUUUCUAAACACAAAAAAUCCUGUCAAUGCAAAACUCAGA